GCUAGCUGUCAGAGCAUUUAACAAUUAGCUCUAUGACAAUUAGGCCGUUAGGUAGCUAAGGGACUAGUGUGGUGGAGUACCGAAUUAGCUAGAUAUCGAUUAACUUGCUGGCCAGCUAUGUCAUGGACGCGGCGGUGAGGAAGGUGAAUGAGUUCGCUAAACGGAAAAGGUAGACAGAAAGGCUCAGCCGAUGGCAGUGUUUGCUUCAACGGGCCCGAUCAGGUGUCGUUACUCAAGCGUCAUUUGUGCUACAUCUUUUACCCACUUCUGACCGUGUUCGCUCUUGUACGACUCCUUGUCGUUUGUCUGGGCAUUCUGAUCGCUUGGUUGUGUCAGCAAGCUUCCAGAGUCAUGGCGGCCAAAGUUAGAAGAGAUGCGGACGUCGGAGACACACAAUACGAGGAGAUCCGAAACUAUCACAAACAGGCGUUUGAGUACAUAUCUGUGGCAUUAAGGAUCGACGAAGAUGAAAAAGGUAACAAGGAACAGGCUGUCCAGUGGUACCAGAAAGGCAUUGCAGAGCUGGAGAAGGGCAUUGCUAUUCACAUUAAAGGGGAAGGGGACCAAUAUGAGCGAGCUAAACGCCUGCAGGCCAAGAUGUCCACCAACCUGAUCAUGGCCAAGGAUCGCCUGGAGCUUUUAGCAAAGCUCUCAGGCGCCAUUCAGAAAGAUAUCUAUACAGAAGGUACAAACUCCAGUGGCAAUCUCCAUUCAGGAGGUGGAGCAGCUCCCAAAAAGAAGGAUCCCGUGACCUCUUCCAGUCAUUUACUCCCUCGGUCAAAGAACUUACCCAGAAAUUCCUCCGGUAACCUGCCUGGACCUUCCCACGGCUCCACCACUGCCAGGCCAGCCUCUCAGCACUCCAGCAACAGCAAGGUCCCCAGUAAAGCUGGAAACCGACAGAACUACAAACCUACAACACCAAAGACAACUGGAAAGAAAGACAUGAAAAACUUCAAGAAUGUGGACAGCAGGCUGGCGAACCUCAUUUUGAACGAGAUCGUGGACAGUGGGACAAUGGUUCGAUUUGAGGACAUCGCAGGGCAAGAACUGGCCAAACAGGCACUACAGGAGAUCGUCAUUCUUCCGUCCCUCAGACCAGAGCUGUUCACUGGCCUCAGGGCCCCCGCACGCGGUCUGCUCCUCUUCGGACCCCCGGGGAAUGGGAAGACCAUGCUGGCCAAGGCUGUAGCAAUGGAAUCCAAUGCCACCUUCUUUAACAUAAGUGCUGCUAGCCUGACCUCAAAAUAUGUGGGAGAGGGAGAGAAGCUUGUUCGGGCCCUGUUUGCUGUGGCUAGAGAGUUGCAGCCGUCCAUCAUCUUCAUAGACGAAAUCGACAGCCUGCUCUGUGAGAGGAGAGAGGGCGAGCAUGACUCCAGCCGGAGGCUCAAAACGGAGUUCCUAAUCGAGUUCGAUGGGGUGCAGUCGGGAGGGGAUGACAGGGUGCUAGUGAUGGGAGCCACCAACAGGCCACAGGAGCUGGAUGAGGCAGUACUCAGGCGAUUUCCAAAAAGGGUGUAUGUGACUCUACCAUCAGAGGAGACACGGUUCAGUCUCUUGAAAAACCUCCUGGGAAAGCAUGGAAACCCACUUAACCAUCAGGAACUGGUCCAACUUGCAAAGCUAACGGAAGGAUAUUCAGGGAGUGACCUGACUUCACUGGCUAAAGAUGCUGCACUUGGACCUAUCAGAGAACUUCGACCGGAGCAAGUAAAGAACAUGGCUGCAAACGAGAUGCGGAAUAUCAAAUUCUGCGAUUUCCUUGAGUCGCUGAAGAAGAUCAAGCGCAGUGUGAGCCCACAGACUCUUGACCUGUAUGUGCGCUGGAACAAAGAGUAUGGGGACACCACUGCCGUGUGACUGUCCUGCCUCGGUCUCGGAGCUGAAAAACAAACUGACACUGGAAGAACAAAAGCAAAUGGGAACGCUACACCAAGCCAAGGAUUCUGGUUUAUUUCAUAUGGUUUCCCAUCAGCUAAGAGUAGUCCAUGCAAGGACAAAAUAACUGCAGCUCAAAAAAUAGAGCUCUUUAUCCUGUGAUCUGAUGUUGCAUCUGAACAUGUACCCUUAGGAAUGUAAGUGUACAGUUUCAUGUUGAUAUGUAUUGUAAUAUAUAGAAUCCUGACCCCAUUGGCCAUGUUGAAUGUCUUUGGCAAUAAAGGUACACCAACAAAAUGCAGAGGGAAAUGAUGAAAAAUAUAAUUCAAAUGCAAGAUGUAGCAGAAGCCCAAAUCGAAAGUCCUUUCUCUUUUGUGUACAUAGGUUGAAUUUCUAGAGUUAAAUGACUGCAUACAGGGCCUUGAAAAACCUGUGCCUUAAUUAAAUAGGAGGGUUACUUUCUUGUUACUACUCUUAGUAUUACUUGUUACUUCUUGUGUCUACACAUUCAUUCUUUUCCAAUUGCUCUACAAUUGCUUAAAUCCUGUCUGCAUUUUGUGCCAAAGGAAUUUUAUUCUUAAUUCUCCAAGGGUGUGUCUUUUUUUUUUUUUUUAAUAUGUAUACAUAAACUAACAAGACCGAUUCAGGGCUUACAUUUUUUUAUGACACCUGCUGCAUCUGGUUAUCUGUGGGUUUGUGUCCCUUUGUGCUUUUUUGUUGUGACGGUCAUGUUGUGGAGUUUAAAAGGUUAGCUACAUCUUAUGGAAAAGAAGAUAACCAGUCCUGCCUCGUGAGGUGGGUUGCAGGUCUGUUUAUAUCGAUACCUCCCUUGGUGAAACACAAAUGCAUGGAAUGGUUGCCGACUGAAGAACAAGCUUCUGA